AUGGAAAAGUCAAAAAAGCUGAAUGAGAAUUUAGGUGUAAACAAAAUAGGGAAGACCAUAAAAAAUAACCCUUUUCAACAAACAAAUGAUUUUGGCAACAAUAUUAUUACUAGUGGUGGAUAUCCUUAUUCAAUGCCAAAAGAUAAAUUCUACAACAAGAAUCGGCCUCCACCAUUGUCCAUUGUGAGACCACCAGUUCCGGUUCAGGCUACAUCGUAUGUAGCUCCUCCACAACCUCCAUACAAUGCACCGCCUAGACAUCCUUUGCAGCCUAUUAAUGAUCCUCAUCUUGUCGAUUCACAAAACAAUCUUGUUGAAUCUCCAAUUUCUGCUUUCAUGAGAGAUUUUCAAGAUUAUAUGAAAAACUAUGAUAAUAGUACUAGAAGCAACCAAUUUCAAUCAUACCCUUCUCAAUCACAAGUAUUGAACAAUAAUAAUGUUCAAUCUCAACAACAACAUUAUCCUAUGGGCAAUAAUAACCAACUUGUGAAUUGUUUUCACACAUCACAAGCAAAUGGUAGUAACCAACUUGUCAAUGGUUUUGCUCCAUCACAAACAUAUCUGUCUAAUCCUUCAGUGUCUCUGAAUGCUACCAACCCAAAUAUUCCUAUGAAUGUUAGUAGCCAACUUGUGACUGGGUUCCCUUCUUCACAAACAACUGACCCUCUAUCAUCAACAUCUGAGUUUCUAUCGCCUUCACCAACAAAUAAUUUGAAUUUGCUAUCCCCUCCCUCAGUCACCUUAUAG